UGACAGUUAGCGCCAUCACUAAAUUUACAUAACCUCACAUUUUCGGACUAAUUAUACCGCUUUUUAUUCUAUCAUAGUAAAUUGAGUGCAACAUAGAGGAUAGAAAUGAUCUUUAAUUAUGGAUAGAACGCCGAAAAGAUAUUCAAAGCUUUCUCUUAAAAAUAAGGAAUGUAUCAACACCAAAUCUGCUACAACUUCUUCAAGUACCCCAAUACAACAAAAAACUUCAUCAUUGUAUGAUGAAUACAGUCCUGUUUUUAUUCCAUGCACUCAAGAAGCAUUGGACGAAUUAGAUGUGGUGUGGGAUUGGAAUUCGCCAAAAUCUCAAGUAUUCCCUAAAAGACAGAAACCAAAACGCUUACAAGCACAUUCCCCAAUACCCAUAGUAAAAAAAUACUCACAUAAUCAACCUGUUGUAAAUGAAAACUUAAAGAACCAGUUGGAAAAAUUAAAAAAUCAAUUAGAAACGGAGCUAAAACCUUCAUCAUCUAAAUCAACAGCUAAAAUUCCUGUGUCAAAAAAUAAUACCAAAGAUGUUUUGCCUAACACAUCAACUUUAGACAUAGAAAAUACUUUUUUAAUUAAAGAUGAAUUGAAAGAGUUAGAAGAUCUUUUUAAUGAUGACUCAAUGGAGCAAGAACUUAUAUUGCAAUCUCAAAAGUUUGAAAGUUUAAUUAAUUUACAAUUAGAUGAUAGUGGUAAUAAUAAAACUCCUUUUGGUGUUGAAUCGAAGCUGGAAUUUCGUAAAUUUAAAAGUGAGGAUCGUUUAAACACAAGUGAUAAUAGAAAGGGAUUAAGAAUAAAAAGUAACUCAAGCGGAGAUUUGUACGAUUCACCACUACAAAAAUCGUCAGUGAGCGUAAAAUUAGAAACAAAGUUUGAAGCGGCGUUUGAUGAUUCCUUUGAUAUGGCCAUGCAAACGUUUAGAGAUUCAGAUUUGAAAUUAAAUAAUUCUAGAAAUAAUUCCUUAAGUCUCAGAAGUAAAAGUAAUGUUAGUUUAUCAAUGAGUUUUGAGGAAAAUAUUAGUGUGUAUGAUAUGCAAGAAAUAGAACGAAAGAGGCAACAGGCUUUAGCUAAAUUAAGGUCGAAAAAAUUACAAUAUGUGAUAUCUCCGUCAAAAAGAAGUGGUGAUAAUCUUCAAUCGACUAGUGAGACAAUUCCUUUAAAAGUACCUAAAGUAGAAGAGUCGCCAAUUAAAUGCUCUCCAGAAGAAAUCGAACAGAAACGUCUACAGGCUUUAGCAAAAUUGGAGGCGAAAAAAAAACAGGAUAUAAUUGAGAGAAAUAGGCGAGAGGCUUUAAAACGAUUGGAAAUGAAUAAGAAAAAACGAGAAAAGUUAUUAAAUAAUAUACGCUCAUAGAUUAUUUUUUAUAUUGA